AUGACCAUCUUGUUGUUAUGGCGCAUAAGCACACAAUCAGCAGAACCAGAUCAAUUAGGGCCAAUAGCAAAGCCUAGUUGCGAAACGCAUUGCGGAGAUGUUAGCAUCCCGUACCCUUUUGGGAUUGGACCUAGCAGCAGCUGUUACAUGUACGAUUGGUUUGAAAUACACUGCGACAACUCUACCAGUCCUCACAAGCCUUUCUUGAGGGUUGCCAAGCUUGAGGUGCUGAACAUCUCUAUCGAAGGCACGCUUCUGGUUAAGAACCCUGUUACUUUCUUUUUCUACAGAAGAAAGACCCCCCUAGCACCGAAUUUGACGGGAAGCCCUUUCUUAUACUCUCAGAAAUACAACCGGUUCACAUCAGUGAGUUGUGGCUUCUUUGCCUUGGUAAGGUCAUACCGUGACGAGCGUGUUGUUGGCGGCUGCAUGUCAACUUGUGAUAAGAGUGCUGAAACUGCACACAACCAUGGAUGCAUAGGCAUUAACUGCUGCCAGACUACACUUCCCCAGUAUCUCAGCGUGAUUGAGACUCAGAUAAAAUCUGAAUCUGAAGAAAGUUCUACUAGCGGAAAUGACCGAAUGUUGACUCGUUACAACUAUGCAUUCCUUGUGGAGCAAGAUUGGUUUCGGAACAAUUUAUCGAAUUUUAGAGACGUCAAGGACAUGGACAGCGUUCCGGUUGUGCUUGAAUGGAGAUUGAGCUUGGAGAACAUGAAUAUAUAUAAUGUCACUUCUUCCACAUACAAUCGGUCGAGGCUUCAAUGUUUUUGUCCCCCUGGCUUUCAAGGUAGUCCCUAUCUUCUCCAACCUUGUCAAGAUAUAGAUGAAUGCAAGGGCCCUAAUAUGUGUCCGGCUCAUGGUCGUUCUCAUAUCGGCAUGUUGAAUUUUGGUGGACCUACUACAUGUGAGAAUUUUGCUGGGGGUCAUACAUGCUACUCAAAUACAACUGGUGUUGCAUGUGACUAUUAUGGUACAGGGUUUGUUUCGUGCUACUUAUAUGGCAAAAGGAGAUGGCUGCCUCUGACCUCUCGAAUCAAAACCAUCCUUCUAGGUCUUGGCAUGGGUCUUGGAUUGUUGUUACUAUUUCUUGGUGCAUGGUAUGGUGCAUGGCAUGUAUAUAAAGUCAUAAAGAAAAGGAAAGACUUCAAACGCAAGGAAAUAUUUUUCAAACGAAAUGGUGGUUUGCUGCUAGAAAAACAAUUAUCGUCAGGUGAACACAACGUUGAGAAAGUCAAGUUGUUCAAGUCGAAGGAGUUGGAGAAGUCCACUGACAAUUUUAACAUUAAUAGAAUUCUCGGCCAGGGAGCCCAAGGAACUGUUUACAAAGGCAUGUUGACAGAUGGAAGAAUCGUUGCUGUUAAAAAGUCUAAAAUAGUGGAUGAAGGCAAACUUUCUGAAUUUAUCAAUGAGGUUGUGAUUCUUUCACAAAUCAACCACAGGAAUGUGGUUAAAAUAUUGGGAUGUUGUUUGGAGACUGAAGUUCCUAUUUUGGUCUAUGAAUUCAUACCUAAUGGAACGCUUUCUCAGUAUAUCCAAGGGAAAAUUGAGGAAUGUUCACUUACAUGGAAAAUGCGCAUACGAAUUGCGACAGAAAUUGCAGGAGCUCUUUUCUACUUACAUGGUGCAGCCUCCUUUCCAAUUUUUCAUAGAGACAUCAAAUCUUCCAAUAUACUCUUAGACGAGAACUACAGAGCGAAAGUUGCUGAUUUUGGAACUUCACGAUCAAUUGCCACCGACCAAACUCACUUAACAACACUUGUAAAUGGCACGUUUGGUUACUUGGACCCGGAAUAUUUCCAAUCAAACCGAUUUACGGAGAAAAGUGAUGUGUAUAGCUUUGGAGUAGUCCUUGUUGAGCUCUUAACUGGACAAAAACCAAUUUUUGCAAUAGCAGGGUCACAAGAAGAAGACUACACAAGUCUUGCUACAUACUUCAUCACAUCAAUGCAAGAACAUCGUCUAUUUGACGUUGUUGAUGCUCGAGUUUUGAAGGAAGGAUCAGAAACAGAGAUCAGAAUAUUUGCUAACCUUGCAAGAAUGUGCCUAAAUUUGAAUGGGAGGAAUCGUCCUACAAUGAGAGAGGUUACAGCCGAGUUGGAGGCCCUCCAAAUCUCCCAAAAACACCUCUAA